GAUCCUCGCACACAGCCAAAUGCGACCGAGCCGAGGGUGUGUGUUCCAGUCAAUGUACUUCCAGCGCAUACACACACCUCAGCGCACAAGUCCGAAUCGGCGAGUCGUGCACGUUUAAGAGAACCAAAGGAACCAACAGACGCACCGCUUCUGAGCACAGCGAGGUGAAAGAUGCUGUCAAGCCGCUCCGUGCUUGUGGAGUGCGGGUAGUGCACGCCGCCCAGCCCCGGGACCAGGACGGAACCGGGAACAGUUCGUGCAUUGAGAGGAGAACAGUUGAUGGUGGACUUUACGCGAAGCUGGACGAUUUUUUUGGACAUCACAGUGUGUUUUUUCCCCCUUUUAAAGCCGCAAAGGUAGUUUAAAUAAUACAGCCCAACUUGGACUUUUUGUUAAUGCUGUUAUGGGACGUUAUGCAGUAAAGUUGCCGUGGGUGCUUUGACAUUGGACUGCAUUAACAAAUCACACGAUAGAAAUUAUCACAUAUAAAGUUAAAUUGUUUUAUUUCUCUUUUCAUGGUUUGCCAUGUUCACGCUGAGCCAGUGCGCACAAGAAACGUUGGGAUAUUAUUUGUCAGCCGUGCAGCAAGGUAAAUAACUAUUAUAAAUUAAUUUCCUUGAUCUAAACCUAGAUUGUGCACGUAAAAGAACAGGAAAGACACAGACUUGUCCUGAUUUUUUUAGUAGUAAAAAAAAAAAAGUGCUUAUUUUUGCAGAUAUUUAAGCUUCUUGAGUUAUAGUUUGCAUUUUUUUUUAAUUAGCCGUGCUUUUACAGAUAGACUGCUAAACAGUCUGCCCAAUGUCUGGCAAACUUGCCAUCAUGUGGGAUUAAUUGCAGUAGUAUGUUUGGUUCUCAGAUUAAUAGCAGAACCCCUGGGCAGCCAGAGAAAAACAAAAACCAAUCGAGACUGAACAUGGGCUCCCAUUAUAAAAGUACCAGUUUUCAUGCUGGAGGUCCUCCAGGAGCUGUGGAGCCCGGCAUGGGCCCGAUGAGUGACCCCCAAAUGCUCGGACUCAAUAUGAACAUGAAUGGAGAACAGUACGGAGGUUUUCACUCCCGGGGUCACUCGGACAUGCAUGCAAGCGGCGGACUUCAGCAGCAGCAAGGAGCCAUGCAUGGAUUCUUUAACAACCAGCAACCUCAUCAAGGACAUCCUCACAGCCAUCAACCUCACCCCCACCAACAUCAUCCUCACUUCAGUGGAAAUUUUGGAGGCCCAGAGCCAGGGUCAUCAUGCCUGCAUGGUGCCAGGCUAAUGGGCUACAAUAACAAUGCCAUGGGACCACAGCAGGGCUUUGGAGAGGGAUUUGAUCCUCUCACUGAGGGACAGGCGGGGGAUGGCUUUCCACAGCAGCAGCAGCAGCGACCUGCUAACAUGCCUGACUUCCAACAUCAUGGGCCUCCCAGUGGCAGCCAUGCUGUCCCUGCCCCCUGCCUACCCCUGGACCAGUCCCCUAACAGGGCAGCCUCUUUCCAUGGUCUGCCUUCAUCCUCCUCUUCCUCCUCCGAUUCUCACAGCCUGGAAAAUAGACGGAUGCCCAACCAGGGUGCUGUGGAGGGAUUAGAAUAUAACUUUCCUAGCGACCCCCCUUCCGGACACUUUGAUGUACCAGUAUUUUCACCAUCCGAGUCUGAAUCUCAACUACCCCAUUUUGGUCCGGGAAGGCCAGUUUCUGGUGGAAAUUUUCCAGGAAACCCUGGCAUGCCUCGUACACAGGGCAUGCAGGGCAUCUCCAAGGGACACCAACCUCCACCGCCCCAGCAGCCUCAACACGGAAUGUUUUUUGAGCGUUUUGGAAAUGGCCGGAAGGUGCCCGUGGGAAUGGACCCGGGGGUCAAUGCCAGACAUCCUCUCAUGCAACAACAACAACAGGGUGGUUUGAUAGCUAGACAAAACUCAUGCCCUCCUGGCCUCCCUCGACCCCCUCAGGCUGAGUCUGGCUCCACUAACCCGAACAUUCUGGAUGGAGGGGUCAUGAUGAGUGGCCAACACAAUCAGUUUGAAUAUCCCAUUCACAGACUAGAAAAUAGGGGUCUGCAUCCCUAUGGGGACCCCAUGUUUAAUAUGCAACAGCCAGCUCCUCUUCCCUCCCAACAGCCCCCAAAUCAAAGGCUACAACACUUUGACGCUCCUUAUAUGAACAUGGCAAAAAGGCCUCGAUUUGACUUUCCAAAUGCGCAUAGUGGUGAAGGCUGGUGUGGUGGCAUGGAGAAUCACCUCUCCCCCUCUUCCUACCCAGGACUGCCAGGAGAGUUCACCCCACCUGUGAAUGAAGGUUUCCCACCAGGUCCACUGCAGCACACAGGGCCUGAGCAGCAGUCUUUACAGCAGCGCCAGAAUGCAGCCAUGAUGAUAAAACAGAUGGCCUCUCGCAACCAGCAGCAGAGAAUGAGGCAGCCCAGUCUGCAGCAGCUUGGUCACCACGGUGAUGUGCCUCCCGGCCCAAUGGGUCAUGGAGGCCCAGUGGGGGGCAUGCCUCAGCCAAACUUUGACAGGGAGAAUGGAGGUAGAAUGGCCAGUGUUGAUGGACAAAAUCCACAUGUGAACCAGGAGAACUCCUGGUUUCAAGGGUCCCACCCUCCUGGGGAGAUGAUGUCACGGCGUCUGGGUGGAGCAGGCAAUGACUCAGGACCUCACGACAUGGGUCUACAGCAGAAUGGGCCUGGGAUGAUGUUUAGGCCAGGUAUGGGCAUGCAGGAUGGACACGUACAGGCCCUCCAUUCUCCAGGCAUGCACUCACAGUUCAGCGGGAACAUAGGCAACCUUUCACAAAUGCAGUCUCCAGGAGCAGGAGGAGGAACAGGACACCCGAAUGCACCAGCAGAAAGACGACCAGCGGACUUCCCUGCACCUCCGAUGGGAGCACAGCCACCGUUUCCCUAUGGAGGAGGAAAUCGUCAAGGGGCAGCUCACAAUGUACCCCAAGGGGUGAACACCUCACCAGGGAGCUACCCUCCUCAGUCUGAGUUCCCCUCAGGCCAGCGGUCGUCUGUUAGCAAGCUCGGUGCUCUGUCCCUUGGGAAUUUUAGCAAAACCAGUGCUAAAGACAGUGUUUUUGGCCAGAGCUGCCUGGCGGCCCUAUCUACGGCCUGCCAGAACAUGAUCGCAAGCCUAGGGGCUCCCAAUCUCAACGUAACAUUCAACAAGAAAAACCAAAAUGAGGGCAAGCGAAAAUUGAGUCAGACAGAGCAGGACAUUAAUAGCAGCACAUCUAAUGGGACUGGCAGUGCUGGGCCUGAGUAUUUUCAGAGCAGCACUUCUCAGAACAGCCAGCUGCCUGGCACUGGGAAUAGCAACUCAAAGCCUGCAAGUCAAAACCAGACGAUGCAGGGGGAAGCCAGUGCCCUCUCCCCAAAUUACAACAUGGACGCUACCCCGUGCAGUGAGGGGAAGGCAACAACAGGGAGCGGGAGAGGGAGAGGGAGGAGAAAAAGAGACAGUGGACAUGUGAGCCCUGGAAUUUUUUUUUCCUCUGAAAAUGGCAACCCUGUUGUGAGUCCAGGCCAGCAGACCCCUUCAGCUGGUGUUGGGGAGAGGGGUGGGGGCACGCCCCACGAGAAACACCUGUCACCCUCUUGGGGGAAAGGAGGUGAACUAAUGUUGGGGGACCAGGCUGACCUGAUGUCUUCUCUGGACAGUGGCAUUCAAAGUGUGGCCAAGUCUGACAGCAGCUCGCCACGAGUGGACUUUCCUGAUGAUGUCAGCGCCCACUUUGGCAACGAGGACGAGGUGUCCUCCAGUUCAGAUACGGGAGGCUCCUCGGCCAAUAAAUCUAACCGCAGCCCUAUGAUCAAUGGCUCACCCAAAAUGCAAAUAAAUGGACAGAAACCCAUAGGGAUGGGCAUUAACAAUCAUACUACCUCGACGCCGGACAGCUAUGGACUGAGUGCUGGUGGGGGAACAGGCAGCAGUGGUGUGAGCCACCCAGGUACACCUGGGGUGGAGCAGGUACGCACCCCAUCCAGCACCUCUGGUCAGGAUGAAAUUCACCCGCUGGAGAUUCUACAGGCCCAGAUCCAGCUGCAGAGGCAGCAGUUCAGCAUCUCUGAGGACCAGCCCCUGGCCAUGAAAAAUGGCAAAAAGAAUGGCGACUGUCCCUCGCAGAACGGAGACAACGAGCUGGCAAGCUGCAGCCCCGAUGCUGGGAAGGGCUCAAUGGGCACUAUUGACCUUGACACACUCAUGGCAGAGCAGCACGCCACCUGGUUCGUGCCCGGUGAUAAGGCCAUGAUGGACGGGCAGGAAGACGACAAGGCCAUGGGACCUUGGGAAAAAAACAAGAGCCAAAAUAAAGAAGAAUCCGAGCUGUCCCAGAGUAAGGCUGGAGCGGGGACCCCGGGGGCUGGCGGUGGCGGCGGAAACCACCUUCAGUGCCUGUCCGUUCACUGCACGGAUGAGCUUGGGGACAGUAAGGGCCGAGGAGGGCCUGUCUCUUCUUGGCGCUCUCUCCACUCUGAUAUUUCCAACCGAUUUGGGACAUUUGUGGCAGCACUGACUUGAACAAACAGCUGAGCCACCACAGAGGAAGAGGAUAAACUACGAAGGACAGUUAAGAGACAAAUAGCAAAGAAUGAUGAUUAUGAUGAUAAGAUGUCAGUGUGGAAACUGCAAGCACCUCUUGCCUGUUCAGGGAGAGAAAGACUCUCACACAUAAAUGCAAACACACACACACACACGCACACACACACAUCCAAAUACCAUGUUUUUGUCACAUGCAGUCACUCGCUCACACACUGCUGGACAAUACAGCGUGGGCUCUACUCAACCGAUCUGGAAAACCUCAAGUCUACAUAUACUAUUUUUUUCCUUUGCCUUUUUUUUUUGUUUUCAAGUAAGUAAAUGAUGAUGAGAUAGCAAAAGCAGAUACAUUCAGUUGCCAAUGGCUGUAAUUGUGUAGCAGUGUUGAAACGUGAUGUACUUGGCAGGCUGAUUACUUUUUUUUAAUUAUUAUUAUUUGUUACUGUUGAUAAAUAUGGCCUUUCUGCUCACCUCACUUAUACAUAGAGCUCUAAUGUAAAUAUACAGUAUAUGAACCUUCCAGUGUAAGCAGCUGUUUGUUGCCCAACUUUCAUUUGGAUUCAUCAUAAGUUUUUCACCCUCAAAUGAGCGGACGUCUUCAGUUGAAGAGGGGAUAAAUGCAGAAGCAUAACAGAAGAAUAUGAAUAUGCAUGAAUGUAUGUUAACAGUUGUUUUUUUUUGUGCAAAUACAACUAUUUGCCUCCAUGGCCAACCUUGUACCUGUUUCAUUUGCUGCUGUUCAUUUCAGAUAUACUUCCUCUUCUCUUCUCUUCUCUUCUCUUCUCUUCUCUUCUCUUCUCUUCUCUUCUCUUCUUGAUUUUAUUCAUGAGCUCAACCUUCUUAACAAUUCAGCCAAUGGGAACUGAAACUGAGGUCUUUGCAUAGUUUUAAUAAGGGAAUUGAAAAAAAAAAUGGCUAUUGGUAUUGCACAUGUAUAAUAAGAAAAAAAAAAUGCUGUGUGUUGGGCAAUCUUGUAAUCUUUAAAUAAUGCUUCCGUUGAAUUUGAAUUUCUGAAACAAUAGAUGGACUGUGACAGCAAUUUAUGAAUUGAUUUUUGUUUUUUGUUUACUUUUUUAAAAAAAUAAUAAGUAAAGUGCAGUCGUCUGUUUUCCUGCAUAUUGUAUAUAUCUGUAUAUGUUUUAUUGAGUAACUAAAUAACAAUAAAUAUGACGUUAAAGGUGGAGCUUUGUUGCUGGUCUCUCCAUUUGCCACUCAACAACAUGCGGUGUGUGUGCUGACACUUCCCUAUCAAAUAUUCAGCACUGUAGCGUAUCUGUAUAUGUAAACACCACGUGUGCCGUGAGUAUCCUGAGCCAAUGGGAAAAGUCUGCAGUAUAUUUAAAGUGACAGCUCUGACAGGGAAAUUGUCAGGUGACAGCAUGCAGGAACCUGUAAAAUAUAAAAAGCAGCAACAUAAGCGGUCCUUGCAGUAUGUGUAGCCUCUUAAUGGAUUAAGACUAAGAUGAUUAAUUCCGUGUACACGCGCUCACAACUCAUCUCAUUUCAUCCUCCGUCUUUUCUGAGAUUUCUACUCAACUUCCCAGCUUCUAAUAAAUCAGUUUUACCAACCAAUAGCUAUACUACAUUAUUUUUUUAUUUAUUCAUACAGGUCAUAAUUGAUCUUUAAAACUAUUUCAAUAGGCUAUCUAAAAUAUACUCACAUCCUCAACAACUUUUUAUUAUUAUUUUUAUUCCCCACCGCUGUUUAAAUUGCCCUUUUAAUUGUAAAACGUGAUAAUACACUUUUCUGCUUUAACAGUCAUCACACUGUUAAAGCCAGGAGUGUCAUUUUUAAAUGUAUGCAG